CUGGGGGGGGGGUUUGCCUUCCUGUGUAGCAGAGGCACGGGCUCUUUGGCACAUCUAUUGAGAGUAUUUCAUACAAGCAGGGUGUUGGUGGUCGCGGCCCCGCUGCUUUGCUUUCCCCAAGCAGGGUGGGGAGUGAUGCCUGGUGCCGUGUCAGGGGUGACCUCUGCAGCUUCCUGCCCUACGGCUCCACGACUAGGUGUCUUACGAAUGCUCUGCUUUCACCCCAGAGAGGUGACGGGCUCCAGGCAAGGAUUACUAGCUGAACGGCUCCAGCUGGUGUCAUGCUGCAGGCCCCAGACAGGGGGGAUCCUAAUGCUCACUGGAGGUCUAGACAUCCAUGCCCGGCUGCAAGAGGGACAUCAUGGACCCUUGGGAUGCUGAAGGAGGCGGUUUUCCUGCCCACGAUACCUCCGGGUGUCCUGGGCCCCACCUGGACCUUGCAGUAAAGACUGAAAAGGAAGACGAGCCCCCGCUCACGGAUCACCUGGACUUUCCCGAAAGAGCAGUUUCCCAGGGCAACCUGACAGGGCAUCCUACUGCCAAGCCUGACCUGCCGAUAAAGCCGGAAGGAGAAGAGCGGAAGGAGACUGCGGGCCUGCUAUUGGAGGCUGCAGAGAGAGAAGCCCCUUGCAGUAACUCUGCAGGUAUCUGGGCUGGGAAAGCCAUUAAGGAAGAAGGGUCUGGAGAGGAAAGUCCUGAGGACCGGGAGACAAACCCAGCACCCUUCAAGAGCCUUCUCCUGGCUCCCAAAAGAAGCUGCCAGAGCCAGCCGGGGAAUGAGAGCCCCCAGGCCUUUGGGAAGCGUUGUGCCCGGGCACCCCAGAGCUGUGUGGGGGAGCCGGUGUUGUCCUGCCUGGACUGCGGGCAGCAGUUUGGUGACACAGAGGCCCUGAGCGAACAUGAGUGGGGCCACGUGGCCGAGCGCACCUUCAUCUGUACAGACUGCGGGAAGAGCUUUGGGCGGCACGCCACCUUGGUGGAGCAUCAACGCGGGCACACGGCCGAGAGCCUCUUCCUCUGCCCCAGCUGCGGCAAGAGCUUCACCCACAAAGCGGCGCUCACGGUGCACCGGCGCACCCACACCCAGCCGCGUGCUGCUGCCGCACCACCUGCCUGCGCUGCAGCCCCUGCGGUCAUGGAGGGGGGCACUGCCGUGGCCCCGAAGCCCACCAAGCCCUUCCCGUGCCUGGACUGCGGGGAUGGCUUCCGGUCGCACGCGGCGCUCCUGAGCCACCAGCGCGUGCACGCUGAGGAGCGCCCCUACAAGUGUGUGCAGUGCGGGAAGAGCUUCUGCUUCCACGCGGAGCUGGCCUCGCACCGGCUCUGCCACCCGCCGGAGCGCUGGUUCCCCUGCGGCGCUUGUGGCCGACGUUUCCGCUCGCAAACCGACCUCAUCCUGCACGAGCGCACCCACCCCGAGUCCACCUGGUGCCUGUGCGCCGAGUGCGGGAAGCUCUUCGCCGGCCCUACCGAGUUAGCCCGGCACCAGGCCAGCCACGCCGAGAAGCCGCAUGCGUGCCCGGACUGCGGUAAGGCCUUCGGCUACCUGGCUGACCUCCUGCUGCACCAGCGCUCGCACGCGGAGAAGCCCCACGGCUGCCCCCAAUGCCACAAGGGCUUCGGCUCCCGCACCGACCUCCUCCUCCACCAGCGGCUCCACGGUGAGGGCCAGAGCUUCACCUGCACCCAGUGCGCCAAAGCCUUUGGCUCCCGCACGGACCUCAUCAUGCACCAGCGCAGCCACCGCGACCGCCAGUCGUUCUCCUGCCCGGACUGCGGCCGCGUCUACACCAACCGCUCCUACCUGGUGGCCCACCAGCGCCUGCACACCGGGGAGAAGCCAUACCAGUGUGCCCAGUGCGGGCGCAGCUUCAGCCACAAGUACCACCUGGGCAAGCACCAGCGGACGCACGCCGGGGGCAUCCCGCCCGUGUACUGAGCUCCGGUGCCUUCCCAAAUCGAUGACUCCAGCCCCGAGGGCAGGAACGCGUGCUGCCACAUUGGCAGGCACCGGACAGGUUGGAAACGUAAGGUAAAGCUAUCUGCAUUGGCAUUGGCAGAUUCAACUCUAUGUACCUUGGUUCACACGUGCUCACGGUGGCACUAGUGAGCGUGCACGGAGAAGGAAGGGAAGGUGUCCGGGGCUGUUCCCGAGUCCAUGUUGGAACACCCAUGGGAGGACCUCGCUGCUCUGUUCACGUAGGAAAUGGGAACGCCUGCCUCAGAGUAGCUUGGGGGAGACACCAAACGAGGCAGAGACAACCGGGCAUGCCAGGCCACUGGGGGGUGGGGGCUGAGCCCCUUCUUGUGGGCAUCUUCCUGCUGAAGGAGAUGAGCUGUGAGCCUGCUAAAGAGAAGGGGUCUAUUUUCAAGCUGGUGCAAAGUGGCAGAGCUUCCUGAAAGUCAAGAGCUAAAUGGGCUGGGUGCAGGUGAGUGUUUGGCCCAAAGUGUGAAGGGUUAAGGGAUGUGCUGUAGUUUGCAGGGAGACAAACAAGACAGGUGUUUAAUACAGGUAGGAGUAACCGCAUGCUGGCACUGUCCUUUUAAAGCAGCGGUAUUGCAUUAUGCAAGUCCUGUUUUCAGUCCUUCUCUGUCUGCACCAGUGAAUGUGCACAGAUGAGACCGGGCAGCGUGUCACACUACAAAGACCUGGUUCUGGGCAUGGAGGAAAGGGGACCAGGCUCAGCAAAUGUGCAUUUAUUGAAUCCAGCCCUGCUGCGGGGUGUCCUCUCAAAACACAACCCUCUAAAGCAGACCCUGCCCACUGGAUCCAUUGCAUGAGAUGAAGGAGAUGCAGAGAUUUGGAGAGGAGCAGUUUCAGCAUGCAGUCCUUGAGCUCCCAGGUCAACAGGGAACAUUGCAUGCUGCAGUUUCCCUCCACUGGCCAGUCCCUCAGCAACAAAGUGGGGGCUGAACUCUGUGCUGUGCCCCAUGGGGUUGCAUGCUUCCAAAGCUGCACGUUCACCAGCCUCAGUAGUAAAAUACAGCGUAUUUCCACUCUGCUCAGUCUGUCAUAACUGAACAACUAUCGGCAGGAUGGGGAGGAACAACAGAGAUCCAUGUGUCAGGGUGUUUUUCAUAGAAUCAAACAAAAUGAGGGUUGGAAGGGAGCUCAGGAGGUCACAUCUAGUCCACCCCCCUGCUCAAAGCAGGACUAGCCCCAACUACAUCAUCCCAGCCAGCGCUUUGUGUAGCCGGGUAUAAACACCUCCAAGGAUGGAGACUCCACCAUCUCUCUGGGGAGCCUGUUCCAGUGCUUCACCACCCUCCUUGUGAGAAAGUUUUUCCUAAUAUCCAACCUCAACUCCCCUUGCUGCAGCUGGAGCCCAUUGCUCCUUGUCCUGUCAUCUGCCCCCACUGAGAGCAGCCCAGCUCCAUCCUCUUUGCAGCCCCCCUGCAGGGAGGUGAAGGCUACUAUCAAAUCCCCCCUCGGUCUUCUCUUCUGCAGACUAAAUCAGCCCAUUUCACUCAGCCUCUCCUCCUAAGUCAUGUUCCCCAUCCCUAAGCCUCCAUCGGAGGCAUUGGGCAUUGCCUGCAGCCAAGGCUGGGGAUUUUGAUUGGGAUGUGCCAAUGCUCCUGCUGAAAUCAAAGCCAGAGGUUCCUCCGCUUAAAGCUAGACUGAUGCCACAUGGGAUCAGAAAGAAAUUUCCCUCCUGGUCAGAUUGGUGUGGACUGGUGGGAUUUUGCCUUCCUCUGUAGUCUGCCUGGCAUCUCUUGAAUGUGUAUUAACAAUCUUUUAUAGCAGCAGGACGUUGGCUGCUGUGGUCCUCCUCCCCGCUUUUCCUGUGGCAGGUUUGGGCCCGAUGUCUUGUGUUGUGCCAGGGUAGAUGGUAGUCUUACAAAGAAUUUAGAUUAUGGUUUGUUUGGAUGGUUUGCACAGGGCUGAUCCUGCCUCAGGCAGGAGGUUGGGCUAGAUGUGACCUCUGGAGCUCCCUUCCAGCUCACCUUCUCUAUGAUUUUAAUGGUGGAUGGGAUAGAUGAGACAGGAGGAGCCUGCCAUGAGCAGAGGGUUGGACUAGGUGCCUGCCUGAGGGCCCUGCCAGCCCAACGUCUCGAUCUCUGGAAGGUGACAAGAACAUGUUGUCAUAGAAAUGAUGCCAUGCAGAGAUGACCCAGGAUAACACCUACCUGCAAGCACCUACCUGCAACAAUAGGGACACAGCCCUUGUUUCAGGUCUGUUGUGUGGCCAUGGCCUGUUUCUUAGGAUGAGGCGAGAAGUAAAAUAAGGAUGGCCAACUUGUGGCAUGGGCAAGCCAGCGUGUGUGGCACGUGGUGGAUGGAGGUCGUGGCAGACAGGGAAUAGAGCAGAAAGCAGAGCAGCAGAUUGAUCCCCUUCCCCUGUCCAAUCGGCUGCUCUGCUUUCUCUCCCUUUCCCUGGGCUCCCUGCUCAAAGUGCCACUCGGGGAGGAUAUGGGGCUAAUUUGUAGCAUACCUGCCAAAAGGAUUGGCCUCCAUUGAGCAAGACUAUCACAUUAGACUAGGGCCAGAGACUUGCUGAAGCCCGCGGAGAGCUCUCCUCCACUGAACGUGGUCAUUGCUUUCCUCUGUGAGCCUCCUUCCACCAACUUCAGCACAGCAUUCACCCUCCAAGCAGGGGUUGAGGAGGAGAAGGGCUUUGCUAAUAUAUAGUCACAACACAGAGCAGCAAGCAGAUAGCUACCCCCGUCUUUGGUUUUCAUUCUUUGCCACCGGCGUCUCCUUUCUGCGCUUGACACACACUUUUAGAUUCUCCGUGCCUCCCAAAAGACGUGGCCCAAAUACUUUGUGUUGCUUUUCCAAGCAUAUUUCCCAUCGCAGCCGCUGUCUUGUUGCCUUAGUGUGCAAAACAGAUCAACGUGCUCGUGUUUGGGGGUGGCAGGGAGCCCGCUGAGAGACUCCAGAGAGAUGAGAUGCAUAUUUGAUUUGCAACUGUUUUAAAAAAAAAUUACAUCUAAAUGAUUGCAUAGUUUAAAAGUGUCCGUGAAAGUUCAGUCUUAAAUAUGUAUCAGUAAAAGUCAUCUGCAGAAGGCAGUGAAUGAGCAUGGUUGUGAUGCCUUGUGAGUAUACCAGUUUUGGGGGGGACUGAGCUGAAGCUAGCACAGGCAGGGGCUUCUAGAGGCUGAUGGGGCUGCUACCGGCACCAUAGAGGCAACAAGAAGAGAAACCAGAGCGUGCUUUGUGGGAGUCAUAGAGAGGCAGGGAGGGAAGGGCAGCAGCAAGGGCCUGGGUGAUCCACGAUGGGACCUCCACCUUCAACUAACAUCUCUUUGUGCUAGCUAUAUCAGCAUUGCAGUGGCACUAUGUCCCAGCAGUAGUGACCCAAAUAUAACUGACAUCAUAGGGAGGGGGAUGUUGGAAAAAUAGGACACUUUGUCAAAAUAAACAGACAGAUAAGCCUGCUGCAUCCCUUAGUAGUGAGUGGUGCAUGCAUCUCAUCUGCAAGCUGCUGCACCAAGCUUUGACCCAGAAAGCAUUUUUUUUGUCUAAAAAGCCUUCUUGGGGGAGUGAGAAAACAUAGCAGUGCGUGCCAAAUCCUCGAGAAAACACACUGGGUAAGACUGGGCAAACCCACUGCAAAAUCCAUGCAACAGCUAGGAGAUAUUACCCCAGCAGUGAACUGCCCCCCUAAAAAGCAGUAACUUGGGCAUGGUUAUGUGUGUCUACAUGUCUGCCUGUGCGCUGCUCUUUGGUAAAAAAGUCAGCAACAUUCAUAACACGUCCCCAGGCAGCUCUGUAAUUACCAGGCUGCUCAGCUGCCCUAAUAUCCUCUGUGGGACUUGCUUUCAGAGCUGAAAAAUAACCAUGCAGCUCUCAAUUGAUAGGCACAGACAGAUAUAGAUUUAAAAAAAAAACACCUCCCUAAAGCGGCACGGUUCGUCUGGACUACCUUUUUCCAUGCAAACUAUCAGUGUCCUGAGUGCAAUGAUAAGGUCUAUAAAUCAUUUUGGCCUUAAAGAUUUCUUUUCAUCAGUGUGAUCUCUAUGGGAAAAAAAAGGUCUUUGAGGCUUGCCAGUCAUCUCCUCUGCCCUAUUUGGCAGCCCCUGUUUUAGAGAGAAGCUGGCAGAAGUAGGAGGAGAUGAAGGUGUAAAAAUCCUUCCACUCACAGUAAAGUCAUGGGCCAUUUGAAUAUGAAGUCACUUCUAUUGCAGUGUCAGUACCUGUAUUUGAUAGUCUGACCUUGGGCCUCUUAAUUGGAAAAUAUCAGCAUACAGUUGAUUAUUUUUGUCAAGAUACAUACAAUGUAUUUACAGAUGAGAUCGGCAUAAAAUUACAUUUGAAUAAACAUGUACAUAUUAAAUGAA